AUUUUAUUUAAUAAUGUACCUUUCAGCAAGAACAUAAGGAAGACUUGCAAAUUUAAUUAUCACAAUUGCAGAAGGAGAAAAGAAAACAGAGAUGGUUCGUUAAGUGCUAGCAGAACAAAAAAUGUUUGAACCAUAUACUGCUUUCAGAAGAUUAGAUUAAUUGAGAACAGGAGAAUUAACAGUGUCAGAUAUUGUAGAGUUCUUAUCAGAUAAUAAAAUUUAUCCAACUAAGGCUCAAUCUAAUUAUCUAUUUAGAAGACUUGAUCUAAAUAGAGAUGGAAGAAUUACUUAUCCUGAGUAUAAUAUAUAGUAUUAUUAUUAGCUUUGUUAAAGCAAUUUUACCUAAAGAAGACUCUAGAUUAAGAUAAAUUGCCUCAUUAAGAGACAGUUAUUAUAUUGAAGUUAAUAUGCUUUUACCAACAGAAGUAGAAUGGGGACUUUCUAGAGUAUUCUAAUAAGAAAUUUAAAACUAUAAGUAUUAUUUUUAGAUUGAAAAUUAAGUUCAAUAACCGCUGCUUAAGAAAUAUUAACUGCUAGUGCAGAUUUUACAUCUUUAGAUGCAUUUAGAUGUAUUGAUCAAGUAUAUUUAGGAUAUAUUACAAUUGAUACGUAUUUAAAUUAUAAUUAUUUUAGUUUAUAAGAUUUUUUAAGAUAAAAUGGUGCUAAAUUAUCAUUUGAUGAAUUAACUGCCUUUUUUAGGGUUGUUGAUUCAGACGAAGAUGGAAGAAUAUCUUAUUCAGAAUUAUUAGAAGCUUUAACAUUUGUUCCUGAUUUCUUUUAAUAAGAAAGAUAAAUAGCUAAUGAAUUAAGAAGAAGUAGAGAGAGAAUUAUUUAAAUAGAAAGAGAAAGAGAAGUUUUAGAAGAUUUAAAGAAAAGUAGAGAGAGAGUGGAAGAACUUAGAAGAAGUCGUGAAAGAUUAGAAUAUAUGUAAGAUUUGAAAAGAAGUAGAGAAAAGAUUGAGUAAUUUGAUGAAUUAAGAAGAAGUAGAGAAAGAUUAGAAGAUUUUAGAAAAAGUAGAGAAAGAUUAGAAGAUUUAAAAAAAAGUCGUGAAAGAUUAAAUUAAUUAGAAGAAUUAAAAAGAAGUAGAUAAAGAUUGGAAGAAUUAGAAGAAUUAAAAAAAAGUAGAGAAAGAUAAGCAUAAAUUGAUGAGUUAAAGAAAAGUAGAGAAAGAUUAGAAGAUUUAAGGAGAAGUAGAGAAAGAUUAGAAUAAUUAGAAUAAGAGAGAAAGAAUUAAGAAAAGAUUGAAGAAUUGAGAUAAUCAAGGAGUAGAAUAGAAGAUUUAUAAAAAUAAAGAAGAAAAAUAGAAGAAUUGAGAACAAGUUAAGAGAGAUUAGAGUAAUUAAAGAAAUAGAAAGAAGAGAUUGAAUUAAGAAGAAGCUAAGAGAGAUUAGAAGAAUUAAGGAAGAGUAGAGAAAGAUUAGAAUAAAUUGAAGCUUUAAGAUAAAGUAGAGAAUAAUAGAGAACUUUAGAAGAGUUGAGAUAAAGUAGAGAAAGAGGUGAGUAAUUAAGGAAAUCUUAAUUAAGAAUUGAAUAAUUAGAGAAUGAAAGAAAAGUUCUUGAAAGAAGUAGAUAAUUAGAGAGAGUUGAAAGAGAAUUAGAAUAUGAAAGACAAAGAAGUAAGGAGAGAAUAGAAAGAUUGGAAUUAGAAGCUGAAUUAGAAAGAAGAGCUAGAGAAAGAGCUUUAGAAUAUGAGUUUGCAACAUAAAGCAAUUUUGUUCAAAGCAGAAUAUAUGAUACUCCAAAAAGAUACAAAUGA